AUGCCCAGGUACUCCUCGAUGCGGAGGAAUGUUCGUACGUUGAGCCGCGAGGUGUCCGGUCCUCCCCAGCGCAGCAGCCUCCCGGCCAUCGAUAUCGACCAACUGGACCACCGCUUCCUCGAGGGCCUCCUACAACCCACCGCUCUUAACAUGUCUCCUGAGCGGGAAGCCGACAAGAACAACAGCAGCAGCAACAACAACAGCAUAGAGUACGACGGCGGGAACAACGACGGCGUGAACCACGACGCUGGUGACGACGAAGACGACGACGACGACGACGAUGACAGCAACGCAAGAGGUGCGGCAGCUGCUGCUGCUGCUGCUGCGUCUGACAGGAGGGGGAUCAAGAAAAGGAGGAAGAACGCCGACGGGAGCAACAGGAAGAAGAGAAAGAAGAAAGAAGACAAGCACAAGAAGCUUAAGAAACACAGCAGCGGUGGUGGUGGUGGUGGUCACGACAAGAAAUACGGAGGUGGCGACAACAGGCCCGAACGCUCCGGCGACCGCGGCAACGGCUACGUUAACGGUUUCGACAACAGGGAAGGAGGCGUUCUGAAAAAGCUUCGAAGGUGUAGUAACCGCGGCGUGGGCGGCGGCAGCGGCGGCGGCAGCGACGGCGGCGGGGGUACAAUGGUUGCCGCCGCCGGAAUAGCGAGGGCGGCGGCGGCACUGAUCGCCAAGAGGCAGAGCAAGCCCCAACCUGCGGGGCCGGCGAAGAAGCACAAGGGCCCCUACAAGGCUGUGCGCGCUCGCAAGGCCACGGGACUAGACGAACUGGAGCGCUACAUGAAAGCGGCGAAACUGGCGGCCCUGGAGGUGCUAUCGUCCUCGUCGACCAAGGAAGCCAAGCGUAACGUAUCUCACGCCGAGCAACGGAGGCUGAUCGAGGUCGCGCACUCGGUAGACCGAGCCUGCGCCAAAGACGGCACGGUGGACGAGAACCUCAUCUCCGCCGCCAUCACCAUCGUGUCCACCAACGCGGCCGAGACGCCCAACGACGUCAUCAUGGCCGCGAUCAAGCUGGCCAGGCUUGUUGCGAUGAACUGA